GGGAAGGGAAGGGAAGGGGGGGUCCAGCAUGUCCGUAAGCCCCAGCAGACACUCUCGCACCCCCUUCUCCGUCACCGACAUCCUGCACGGCCCAAUGGAGGACGUGUACCGCAGGUUCGAGCCGGGCCCUGCAGGUACCCUGUACCGCUACCAGCAGCAUCAUCAACAUCAUCAUCAUCAGCAGCAGCAGCAGCAGCGGCACCAGCACCCGCCGCAACAGCAACUGCAACUGGCCGCCGCCGCCGCCGGGUCUUCCGGCGCCGCAGCCUACAACGUGCAGCACUUUUCGGGCUCUCUCAGCGGGGGGUUCUGCGGAGGCGGCGCCGCCGCCGAGAUGACGGCCUACCAGGACGGCACCAGGGCGGCCUGGUACAGCGUGCCCGAAACAAGAUACGCGCCAAUCUCCCGGUUGGUGGGCUCCUGCGGCGGCGGCGGCGGCGGCGGGACGACGGCCUCGGACGGCGGCAAGUCGGCGUGGUCGGCCCCGCCUCGGCGGAAGCGGCGCGUCCUCUUCUCGCAGGCCCAAGUGCUGGAGCUGGAGCGCCGCUUCAAGCAGCAAAAGUAUCUGUCGGCCCCGGAGAGGGAGCACCUGGCCGCUCUCAUUCACCUCACCCCCAACCAAGUGAAAAUUUGGUUCCAGAACCACCGCUACAAGCUCAAGCGGCAAGUCAAGGACAAGGCGGCCGGCGGAGGCGGAGGAAACGACGACGGCGACGGCGACGGCGACGACGACGACAACGACGGAGGCCAAAGACAGGCCGGCCCCGGCCGCACUUCGUCGUCCCAGGCUCCUCCGACGUUAGCCAAGGCCGCCAGGCCGAGUAGGCGAGACUCCGAGCCGGCACCGGAGCGGCCCGACGAGGCGCUACUCGACUACACCGGCGGCGGCGCGUUCGCUUCCUCGACGGGCUCCGCUUUGCUCUACGGGAGAACUUGGUAGGCCGGAAGCGGCCCGAUCACGUGAUUCGUUCGGAUUAAGGACGUUUUUUUUUUUUUCUUUCUUCAAAAUGGGGAAAAUGUCAUACUCUCGCCGUGAUUUCAGCUUGAUUUUUUUUGACGCUCGUCACACCUCAUCCUCACAUUGGCCGUCCUCGACGGCACUGGACGUCUAAUCAUGAACUGUAGACCCGCUAGUUCAAAUGGAACGUCGGCUAGUGAUCAACUCAUUGGAAGACGGGGCGCACCUUGGCCAGAGGAAGAACAACUCGUUGAAGGCCAAUCCAUCUGAACUGGGAGGGAUGGCGGGAAAUGAACAAACGUUCAAAUGACCGGCGAUAAACUCAUUUCAAUUGAAGCGUGAAAAGAUCUUUAGCAAUAUGGUCGCCCUGAGGCCGUGUUGGGAGGGGCGACGACGCAUUGACAUUCAAAUGCAUUUCACCAGUUUUACUCCCGUCAAAGCAUCUGAUCACGGGUUCAUUCGCUGCCACCACCAGCACCCUCCUGGCUCAUAUGGCUCGGACAUCUAGUCACAAUAAACCGAUUGGUGGGAGCUAGGGUGCGCCUUUGAUUUUCAACUCAUUGGUUGCCAUGGACGGCGAUGGACAUUUGGACGCCUGUACUCGUAUAAAUAGUUGAGACGAUCUUGUUAAAACAUCUGGAGCUUUUAUACUCACACAGGAUGAAAUUAAUAAAAUAAAAUCACAUGGCUUGUUCUUUUAUUUGGACAAGUUGGUAAAAGACGGUGAAUCUCACAGAUACAACAUUGACCGAUUAAAAUUUUCAUUGGACAAAAUUGUUUUUUUGAAUCAAAGUUUAAAAAAAAAAAAAAAUUCAUGCGACAACACGAGAAUUAAAAAAAAACAAACAAAAAAAAAACAGGACGUUCACUUCCAGGUGUAUCUUCUGGACGGCGGUGGCGCCGGAUAACCGCCUCUGUUGUGGCUCUAAAAACAUAAGAGAGAUGAAAAAUGAUCAGCUUUAGAGCAGCAUUUUAUCCUGAAAGUACGUUUUAGUUCAAUAAAAAGUCCUCUCCAACAUGACGUUCAAUUUUGGCAAAUUGAUCAUUUCUGGCCUCAAUUUCAACCAAAAUAUGUAUUUUGAAAGUUAUGUAUAGUCAAACUUUUUAUUUUGAACAAGGAAUACAUAAAAUGAGGGAGGAUAUCCCAGACUUUCUAUUUUAGGCUCAAUCUACAUGCGCAAAUACCAAUGUAUUUUCUACAUGCAUGCACAAAUGUUUUAGUCAUAACGCACUGUUAGGACUCCAAAAUGGAAUGCCAGUAGUGACUUAUUGGUCAACUCUUUGUCACAGAUGAUGAAUUUUUGGCCUUGCAAAAAUAAAAGCUACAUUUUUGAAAACUGGAAAUGAAUGGGGCUUUACCUUGCAUCCCAAAAAAUGUUUUGCUUUGAGAUGCAAGUCAAUAGUGAACAGACUUUUUUGGGCGGGUUUUAAUUAUGUAAGUUCAUGAAAAAAAAUUGGGUAGAGGAACUGAAUUUUGGGACUAAU